GUUUCGUAGUCAUCGUCGGUGAAUGACAAUAUGGAGCAUGUUUUGGCAGAAAUAUGAAGAAAAAAAUGUUAGGAAAAAUCCAAUUCUGUAAAUAUCGUCAAUGAUUAGUGAUCCUGUUGGUAGAAAACGGGCUCCUGAAGGAUGGGGAAGUUACUAUCAAAAAUUUUUGGCAAUAAGGAGAUGAGAAUUUUGAUGCUGGGAUUAGAUGCUGCAGGAAAAACCACUAUAUUGUACAAAUUAAAAUUAGGCCAGUCAGUUACAACUAUCCCAACAGUGGGAUUUAAUGUGGAGACGGUGACCUACAAAAAUGUGAAGUUUAAUGUGUGGGAUGUUGGUGGUCAAGAUAAAAUCCGCCCUUUGUGGCGUCAUUAUUACACUGGCACACAAGGCUUAAUUUUUGUGGUCGAUUGUGCAGAUCGUGAUCGAAUCGACGAGGCGCGUCAAGAGCUUCAUAGAAUUAUCAAUGACCGUGAAAUGCGGGACGCAAUAAUACUCAUUUUUGCUAAUAAACAAGACUUACCUGAAGCUAUGAAACCCCAUGAGAUUCAAGAAAAGUUAGGAUUGACCCGUAUUCGGGACCGCAAUUGGUAUGUUCAGCCAGCUUGUGCAACAACAGGGGAUGGAUUAUAUGAGGGUCUAACCUGGUUGACUAGUAAUCACAAGUUAUAGCACUCUUGCUGGGCAGAUACUCAAUUUAGUACAUGCAAUUUGAUGUAGUUCUAAAGUGAUUAUUAAAACAAGGUUAAGAACUGUUAAUUUCAACAUUCCAAUUGCGAACCUAAGAAGAUGGUGAGACAAAGCCAUUAUUACCAUUGAUGACAAUGGUUGUGCCUCUCGGACCAGUGUUCUUGGUUAUCGCCUCCUAGUAAUACAAUUUGUAAAUAGUUGGUAUUGUAUUAACAUUUAUUGUUUUAUAUUGUAAAAUAUUGUUGCCGCAUUUAAAUCCUAAAAUGAAUACAAAUCAUAAGUAAAAAUCUGCUUGUUAGUAAAUAUAUUUUCAGAGUUGAUGAUUUGUUUGUCUGGAGGUUAAAAAAUCUCAGAUCAUUAUAUACCAUUUUACUAAAGUUUGACAUUUGUUUAAGUGUUUGAUGAUUUUAUUUUUAUUCUUAUACCAUUUUGAGUUAAUUUCCUCAAUAUCUUCACAUAUAAAGACUGAAUAGAUAUAAGAAUGUUUGGGCCAUUUAACAACAGAAAUAUUAAUGCCAGUAUUAUAGAGAUUUGUGCCAAAAAUUUCCAAUAUAAACAUUAACUAAAAUAGUCUACCGAAUAAUUUAUGAUGAGGCAAAUAUUUAUGUUAAAUUAAAGCAAUAAAAUAUUUAUAACAGACAUUUACCAGGAAAUUUUUUGCACAAAUAUUUGCUGGGCUCAUGUCGGAUUAAAAUUUGGUUAUUACUAAUUCGAUGAAACAUUUCGUUAUACGGUGAAAUUACAAACAAAUCUAAGGAAAGUGCUUUUAUAGUUUCAAGAAAUAUCUUGCGUCCAUAGCAUUUUUAGGUGAGAUUAUAGCAUGGUAGAUUACCAUUGAAAAUAUUUGUGCUUGAAUUAUAGGAGAUAUGUAGACAUCAUUUUAUUUUUACACUGAAAUGUGUGAUGGGAUGUUAAUUGAAGAAAUAUUAAAUAUUAAUUCAAAUUAUUGCACUUGCUUACUAGGAAAUACUUAGGAAAAUAAAUGAUCAGAAGGUUUUGGAUUAAAAAUUUGUGAAAUGUUGAAAUGCUUUAAUUUGUUAUUAUGUACAUACAAAUUAUGCUUAUUUAAUAUGACUGGCAGAUUGUGGCAUGUAUGUAUUAUUUAAACAGUGAUACUUUGGGAGCAAUACUAUUUAUUUUGCAUAGUUUAAUUGUGACAUAUUUUCAAUUGGAAGUAAAAAUAUAUGUUUUUAAAAUU